UUCACAGUGUCUAGUGUUAGACGUCUUAAAUUUAAUUCUAAAAACAUGACAAAUCUUGAUGUGAGCAACAGUAGCACAGACAGUAGUUCUGGGUCCUCGUCAGACUCAAGUAGCAGCGGCAGCUCUUCCACCAGCUCUGGGUCCGGGUCAAGCAGCUCUGACUCUGAAUCUUCUACCUCAGACACACCUGCAGUUGCACAACCUGCCCCUAAAUCACCCGCUAAGCCUGAUGAAGAACCACCAAAAAAGAAGGAUGAAUCAAAACCUAGGCAAACAAGUAAUAAAAAAGUAUCAUCAUCCAGCGAUGAUGAUGUGCCCAAGCCAGACCCACCAAAACCUGCACCACCCCGUAGACGUUCUUCUACCAAACCUAAAUCAGCAGCUAGUGUCUUGGCUAAGGGGAAACCGCCUCGAGCAGCAGCAGGAGCUAAAACACCUAAACCAAUACCUAAGACCAUGACCAAACAGCAAACAAAAAAUGACCAAAAAAAGAAGAGUAUAUUCUCUCCUGACAACAGCUCAGAAUCUGAAUCAGAGAGCAAAUCAUCAAAGAGUCCUAAAGGUUCACCGAAAAAUAAAAGAGGUACCAGGAAAUCUAGCGAGGACAAGGACACGUCUCCUCCAUCACCAUUGACAGCUGCAGAAAAUGAUGAUUCAAAUUCCAAAGACAAUAUAAAACGUAGAAGUGGCAGUAGGCCCAGUGGGCCCCCCUCCAAAAAAGUUGUGGACAAUAAAAGCGCCUCUUCAUGUUCCUCGAGUCAAUCUUCAGCAGAAACCGUUUCUUCCGAAAGUGAUAGUGAACCAACUGCUAAAAAGGAGCCAAUUAAAACUGGAAAGACAAAACCACCUUCGUCAGCUAAUAAAGUUGAAAAAGGUAAAAGCGACUCGGGCGAGUCUCAGGCGAACAACAUGCCUCGGAAGCUGACGCGCUCGCUGUCAGCUCGCGUGUCGCGCAUGGCCACGGCCACAAGGCCCAGAACCACGGACACCGACUCUGAUGUUGAUGAAAAAUCAAACGACAAAAGUAAGGAGAUAAAGAAGAAAGGCCGUCCUCCCAUUUCUCGGUCUCCAAUCGCUGAGCUCGCGCCGCCGCAGCCGAGCGAGCGGCGCUGCCCCGUGCGCGGUUGCGACUCCACCGGACACCUCGGUGGCAAAGCGGGCCGACACUUCACUUGGGACGCGUGCCCGCUGUACCACAACGUGACGGGUGCGUGGUGCGUGGCCGCGGCCGAGGAGCGCGCCGCCGCCGCCGCCGCGCGCCGCCGCGCGCUCGCCAACAUGCAGCAGCGGCCGCGCGCCAUGCCCACUAUAGAGCAACGGGCGUACCAGCUCAAGGUCAAGGAUAUGCGCUCCAAAUGGAAGGGCAGCCAGGAGCUGCGCGAGAAGCUGGCAGCGUCAGGCGGAGACGACAUGAACGAAGAACGAGAGCCAAUAUUGGAGGGAUUCGCGCCGGAUUACGACCUGCGGCUGUUCCGGGAGGCUCAAGCGCUUGCUGCUAUUAAGAUAGAAGAGGAGCUAGGGGACAUCCCCACCGAUAAGGGAACUAGGUUCGUGGUGAUGGGCAAGUACAUGAUGGAGGUGUGGUACCAGUCGCCGUACCCGAACGACGCGGCGCGCGUGCCCCGCCUGUUCGUGUGCGAGUUCUGCCUCAACCACCACAAGAGCGCCACCGGCGCCGAGCGGCACCGCGCCAAGUGCGUGUGGCGGCACCCGCCCGGGGACGAGGUGUACAGAAAGGACAAACUCAGCGUGUGGCAGGUGGACGGUCGGAAGCACAAGCAAUACUGCCAGCAGCUGUGUCUGCUCGCCAAGUUCUUCCUGGACCACAAGACGUUAUACUACGACGUGGAACCUUUCCUGUUCUACGUCAUGACGUGCGCCGACGAGGAGGGCUGCCACGUCGUUGGGUACUUCAGUAAGGAAAAGAAUUCGUUCCUGAACUACAACGUCUCGUGCAUCCUGACGCUUCCUCCGUACCAAAGGCAAGGCUAUGGAAGACUACUCAUCGACUUCAGUUACCUUCUAACCAAAGUCGAAGGCAAAGUCGGUUCUCCAGAAACUCCGCUCUCAGAUUUGGGUCUCAUCUCGUACCGCUCCUAUUGGAAGGAAGCGCUCUUGAAAAGACUAUGCUCCGCGCCGGGGCCUACUCUGUGCAUCAGGGAUCUGAGCAAGGACCUCGCCAUUGCAUCCUCGGAUAUAGUGUCCACGUUGCAGGAGAGAGGACUCAUGAAGUAUUGGAAGGGGAAGCACAUUGUACUAAAGAAACAGGACGUCCUGGAGGAGUUGUCUCGGCGGGCGGACCGCGCGCGCUGCGUGGAGCCGAGCUGCCUGCGUUGGACGCCGCCGGGCGCGCCGCCGCCGCGCUGACGCCGCGCCCCGCGCGCGCGACUCGCGCCCAGAGCCCGCGCGCGCCACAUGCCGCGCAGCCGCAGCAGCCAGGCCCGCAGCCUGCUGUAAGUCUGCCCCUGCGCCCGCUGAUCGAUUAUAUCCACUGUGAGAUCUUUGCUUUU